AUUAUAAUAAUAAUUAAAAUUUAAAACACAUUAGAAAAUUUUGACGGCUUACACCCAAUUAAAAGUCACCGUCGCCGAAAUUUUUAACGCCGCCGCUGACGUCGAUAAUGUUUAUCGGCUAAGAGGUCUAAAAUUCAAUAUGGCGGUUGUUUAAUUAAAAAUACAAAUUUAUAAGUUUUGCUCCUCAUUUUACGUGUAAUUUUAAUUAUUUAAACAUUAAAAUAGCGCAAAAUAGUAACAAUUUUUCAUUAAAUGUGCUAAGUGAUAUAUACUUUAUAUAUUUACAAAAAAUAAGAUGGCUAAAAUCAAAGAAAACACUAGAAAAGUUGCUGCUGCUAAGAAAGCAACAACAAUAAAAGCAAAAACAACCACGCCUGUGAAAACAAUGAAUGGAAAAGUACAUAAAGUGCGUGUUAAUGUAAAAAAUAUGAAAAAAUCUAAAGAGGAAACCUCAAAAAUAAAUUCAAUUGAAUGUAAUGAUCAAACUGUAUCACCAAAAACUCGUUUAUGUUUUGUUAAAUUACGACGCACCCUCACUAACAAUACCAGCAGCAGCUCAUACAACAAUAUUAAUAACAACAACAACAACAAAACAUUGCAGGCACAAUGUAAAGUAAAUGAAAAUAAUAAUAACAUAGAAGUGAAUUCCCCAAAGCUAGAUAGAUCUACAGAGAAAACAAAAAAAGCAGGAAGACCAAGGAAAAAGCCCCUUGAAAUUAUAAAUAAUGCAGCUAUUCCUGAGAAAGACGAAAAUUUUAAUGGUAAAACUUUGGCUGCAGCUUCAGAAAUUCGAGAUAAUUUUGCUUUCAAUAUGAAUUCUUCAACUAAUAACUCUCCAAAACGUUGUUUUAUAAAACUAAAACGUACAGCUAAGCAAACAAACAAAAAACAACAACAACCCCCUGAGGCUGAAGGUUUAAAAUCGCAAAGAUAUAAAAGAGCUGCAUUAAAAACUAAUGGUUUAGAGCCUAGAACUCCUAAAUCUAUAAAGAACUGUGUAGUUAAAUUAAAAAAUACACCUCAAAAAUCAAAUUCAAAAGUGGUGAUCGAAGAACCAUCAACACCCAACUCUGCCAAAAAAUGUGUAGUUAGAUUGAAAAGAACACCAGUUAUUGGAAAAGAAAAAGAUUUCGUUAUUGAACCAAAUACUACUAGAGCAUGUAUAGUAAGAUUACAAAAAACCCCAAUUAUACUGGGAAAUAAAGAAAAUACUGAAUGCACAGAACCAGUAGCACCAAAUCAUCAAUCCGCAAUAGAAGUAAAUAAACGUAAUAAUUUUCAUAAAUUAAGUUUAACAAAAUCACUAAGGAAAUCUCCAAAAAAUAAAGAAAUAGAAACAAUAAUACAUUCAAAACACAAUGGAGACCAAGAGACAAAUAAACUAGAAUCGGAAACAAUUAAUAAUAACACAGAAACCAAUAAUUUAGUUAAUCGUUUAAAACCUCAGAACUGUAUUAAGCAUUUCGCUAAAUUAUCCUUAAGACGAACAAAUGGACAAACAAAUAGAAAUCUAACAACAAAUUUGGAAGUAACACAAUUUGAACCUCAACAAAAUUCUACAAUUUGUUUUGAACCAGCAAGAAAUUCCACUUUAUUAGAAUUUGGUUUUACUAACGCCAAAGAUAAAGUAAAAUCCAAGCAAACUUCUAAAGACAAAUCUUCAUCUCAAAAUCUAGCCAAUAAAUCUGAAGAAAUAGUUGAUCUAUUAAAUUCUCUAGAUGAAGAUGAUGACCUUUUAUUAAAGUCACCAGAAAAGCCGAAUAAUGAACAGGAGGAAAUUAUGGAAAUACCAAACGAAAAAGAAGUUGAGGAAGGCAUUGCAACAACUCAAAGUAAUAGAAGUCCAGCAAAAAAUCACACCCAUAAAUUCUUUCAUCGUCAUAAAGAAGAUGCUGCAGAAAAUAUGACAAAAGCUUUUACUGAACCAAAACCUAAAUCGUCACCUGCAGCAGCUAAUGGCAAGAAACGACGUUUUUUGACAAAACGUUCUACUGUGGCAAAGCGAGAUAAUAUCUACGAAUUUUUAUCACAAUCUCAAACUUCCGAUUCAGAUGGUACAACAAAAAAUACCGAUCCCACAGCUGAUAUUAUUAAAAAACUUAUAGAUCAAGGAAAAGUACGUGUGGCCACAAAUUGUAAAGGAAAGGGUAAACCGGUAUUUAAACGCAAGCCGCCACCGCCCAAACAAAUGAAAAAAAUAAAACCAACUGUGGACAAAAAAUCAAAAAAUACCAGGAAUAACAAAAAGAAACCCGUAGUCACUAAGGAACAUGCAGCUAUAAUAGAUGAUGAAGUUGAUGUAAUUCACAUGGAUGAUGAUUUUGAUAAUUAUGAACCACUUUUACCAGAUAAUGACGACAAUAUGGAAAAUCAAAGAAUUGAAACGGUUAAUAAGGCGUUAAACCAUAAUAACAAUAGACAUCAUGUAAAUGAUCAGGAAGGUACUUUUAGUCGCUUGGCUAGAAGUGUACUAAUAAAUGAAGCGGGACGUUCCGAUUUGCAAAGAAAAAAUGCUUCCUUACUAUUAGAAAUGGUAAAGAAAUUUGUUAGUACACCGAAAAACAAACAAAUGCCUUCAGCUCAAGCAGCCUUAGAAUCAGAAUUAUCUCCCAUUCCUAUACCGCCACUCAGGCCAGCAACAAAACCCUCACCUUGGCGCGUUGAUGAAGAUGCUUAUUUACCUAAAACUUUCAAUUUUGCUAGAAGUUCGGGAAAUUUGCCAUCAUUUUCUAGUGAUUUCAUACCAUCAACACCGAGAAAAGAAAAACCGAAAAGUCAAGCGACUAUAAAUUCUAAAUUUUCUCCUAUAAUAGGUAAUCAAAAUACAUCCAAUGUAACACCUUUUCAAAGUCCUCUUCAUAAUAAUGUAGAAAACAUACAAGCACAAACAUCCAACGAAAAUUUGCCUGCACAAACACCUAAUCAAAAUGAACCAUCUGUUCUCUCAUCAUUUUCAUCCAACGAUUCAAAUGCAGAAAAUAUGCCACCACCUAGACCGUUACAGGAAAACAAUAAUGAGAAUGAAAAUAUAUUUGCUUUGAAACAACUUCCAAAUCCUCGAAGAGCCCUCAACUAUCGCAGUCCCCUGAAAGCCAUUAAUAUUUUAGAAGUAGUACACUUACCACCCUAUAAAAGUUCCAAUAAAACACCCAAUUCCAAGGAGCCGGCAACAGAAUCAAUUGAAAUGUUUGGUUUUGAAGAAAACUUAGGUGAUGAUUCUUUGCAAGUCGAUAAAAGUGUUGCUUCCAUUAGUGCUUCACCUCAAGCUGACAUUAAUAAAAUAACUAAAAACCGUCCUAAAGAAGACCUUUUCGGUUUUGAAGAUUUUCUAUCUCAAACUGAAUAUUCUAGCCAGGAAAAUGAUGAAACAAAUAACAAUGACAUUACAAACAAUAAUCAAAAUUUAACUAUACACGAUAAACUGCUAGAUUUACGUAAACUAAAACCUGCUGAAAACGAUAUUGAAUUAAGUAAACUUAAAGAAAAUAACAGAAAUCCUUUAAAAACCAUAUCUCUAUUUGAUGAAGAGGCUGCCUCAAAAGCAGAUGGCUUUAGACAAAGAGGUAUUAAAGAAAUGCUAUGCUCUACUCUGAUAAAUCCAAAGCCAUCAACUAGUAAGGAAGCUUUAAAGCAUUUAAAUAAAUCAAAUUGGAAACAUUCAAAAAGGCCAAAUUUUGGAGAGGAGUUAGAUUUAAGUGAACUCUUUAAAGAUCCUGAACCAGAAACAACUUUCAACGAAAAUGAUGCCCAUCGUACAUAUAUACGCCCCUAUAAGCGUAAGCGUCGUUUAAAGCAAAAUAAAUAUGUAAUGUUUUUAGACAGUGAUGAAUCCGACGACGAAAAUCAUUCGGCUGAGCAACAAAAGCAUCAACGUAGUCAUGAAACUGAUACUAGUUCGGAACAGGCUCCAAAAAAGAAACGUCAACGCAAAGAGCCCAAAGAAAAACCAGAACUUACUGAAUUCGUCGAAGAGUUUAAUGAAAUGUGCAAAGAAGUUGAUAGCUAUGAGUUAAUUGUGGAAAAGAGUGCAUGAGAAUUCAAUAAAGUAUGUAUACUUAAAAAUAUAUGUAUUUUAUUAAGAAAUCAUUUCAAAUCCUAUAAAUAUGUUUCCGUUUUAAAUUUUUGUUUAGUUUAAUACUUUUAUUUGCCUUAAAAAGGAUUAUUAUUUUAAAUUUAUGUAUUUCGAUUAUGUUUAGUUUAUUUUAGUUGAGCUGUGUUUCUGCAAUUUUAUUUUUUAAGUAUUUUUUAACCUAUUUUUCGUUUUGAGUGUAUGUUCCAGAAGAAAUAUAUUGAUUGAUUCAAUAUGCCUUAUUUCUAA